AUGAGAGCUGAGGCACCACUGAGUGGAAGCCUGAGUCUGAUCAUUGCUGCCUCAGGGUAUGGCUGUGUUGUUGCUCUGAAUUCCAUAGUCUCAGCCUUCUUCCUGGUGCUACUCCUCUCUAGGUGGCUGUGGAAGAACUACCAAUAUGUGCUGGCCUUCCGCUUUGCCAUCCAGGAGAUCAAUAAGGACUCCCAGCUACUCCCCAACCUGACCCUCGGUUUCAAAUUCUACAAUGCCUUUGCCAGUGAACAGUACACCUUAUUGAGCAUAGUGUAUUGGUUGUUUGGGGCCACUAUAGCUUUACCUAACUACACUUGCCAUACACAAGGCAGACAUGUUGCCAUCAUUGCUGGAACCACAUCAGCAUUGUCUGUUGAAUUUGGAACGCUUUUGGAGCUCUACAAAACCCCACAGCUCACCUAUGGCCCUUUUGAUCCCAUGCUAAAUGAUAAGGACCAGUUUCCCUCACUCUAUCAGAUGGCCAGCAGUGACAGCUCUUUGGGCCAUGGAAUGAUCUCCUUGUUGCUGCAUUUUGGCUGGACUUGGGUGGCUCUCUUUGUGUCUGAUGACAUGAAGGGAGAGCAGUUCCUUCAGUACUUUGAAGCAGCGAUGCUCAAGAAAAGUGUCUGUGUGGCCUUUACAGUGAAGCUCCCUGUCACAAAGAAGUUGUAUGCGGAUAGUGAUCUCACUUUCAUGAGUAGCAUCAGAGUUUCAUCUGCAAAUGUGCAUAUACUCUAUGGUGAUGUAAGAGGUCUCAUCAGUGUGGACAUUUCAGUGCAGUCAUUUUUAACCAUGGGGAAAGUGUGGAUCAUGACAUCAAAGUGGGAUCUUAUCAUUUCUGAGACAAACCACAUGCUGCACUCUUUUCAUGGAGGCUUCUCAUUUUCACCCUACAAGGAAGAAAUCCCUGGCCUCAAACUUUUUGUCAAGACGGCAAAGCCUUCCCACUACCCAGAAGACUUUUACUUCAGUAAAUUAUGGCUUUUUCAUCUGGGCUGCUCACUUGAAGGAUCAUUUUGUGGACAUAUUGGAACCUGCUCACCAAAUACUUCCUUAGAGUUUCUUCCAGGACAUAUUGACCUGUUGACCAUAUCUGACUCCAGCUAUUUAGUCUACAAUGCUGUCUACACAGUGGCCCACGUCCUCCAUAAAAUGAUUUUGGAGAAAGUAGAAAUGGGAUCUCCAGGAGAAGCAGCCCAUCCUAUGAUUCUUCCUUGGCAGCUUCAUCCAAUCCUGAGGAAAAUCCAGUUUACAAACCGUGCUGGAGAUGAUGUUUUCCAUGAAACAAGACACCAUGUGGUACAUUAUGAUAUUCAGAACAUUGUAAAUUUUCCUGCUGGAUUUCGGUUGCUGGUUAAAAUUGGAGAAUUUUCCUCUAAGAGUCCACAUGACCAAGAUUUGCUGAUCAAUGAAGACAUUAUAGAAUGGCCUGUUGGAUUCAAAAAGACUCCUCAAUCUGUGUGUAGCCAGAGCUGUGGUCCAGGAUUUCGGAAAAUGUCACAGGAAGGAAGACCUGUCUGUUGCUAUACUUGUGUUUUUUGUCCAGAGAGAGAUGUUUCCAAUCAGACAGAUGCAGAACAGUGUAUCCAGUGUGCAGAGCAUGAGUAUCCAAACAUGGAGAGAAGUCGCUGCCUCCCCAAGCUAAUGACUUUCUUAGCCUUUGAGGAUACCCUGGGGAUGGCCCUAGCCUGCAUGGCUCUGUGCUUCUCUGUCCUCACAGCUGUGGUCCUUUGGGUCUUUGUGAAGCACCGAGACACUCCCAUCGUCAAGGCCAAUAACCGAUCUCUCAGCUACAUCCUGCUCAUCGCCCUCCUCCUGUGCUUCCUGUGCUCCUUACUCUUCAUUGGCCGUCCCAAUACAGCCACCUGCCUUCUCCGGCAAAUAGCAUUUGGCCUUGUGUUCACAGUGGCUAUUUCUGCUGUGCUGGCCAAGACCAUCACUGUGAUUCUGGCUUUCAAGGUUAUGAAACCUGGAAGAACUAUCAGGCGAUUGCUGGUAUCAGGAGCUUCUAACUUCAUCAUUCCCAUCUGUUCCUUGAUCCAACUCACUUUCUGUGGCAUCUGGUUGGGCAUCUCUCCUCCUUUUCUUGAGUUAGAUGCAUAUUCUGAGCAUGGCCACAUCAUCCUGGUGUGCAACAAGGGCUCAGUCACUGCCUUCUACUGUGUCCUGGGCUACCUGGGCUCCUUGGCCCUGUUCAGCUUCACUGUGGCUUUCCUAGCCAGGAACCUGCCUGACACAUUCAAUGAAGCCAAGUUCCUGACGUUCAGCAUGCUGGUGUUCUGCAGUGUCUGGGUGACCUUCCUGCCUGUCUACCACAGCACCAAGGGGAAGGUCAUGGUGGCUGUGGAGGUCUUCUCCAUCUUGGCCUCCAGUGCAGGGCUCCUGGGCUGCAUCUUUGCCCCCAAGUGCUACAUUAUUCUUAUAAGGCCUGAAAAGAAUUCUCUGAAAGGCUUAAAGAAAAGAGCAAGUUCUAAGGGAUUCUAAUAUUUUUCUGCUUUUUUUGUUGUCACAUUUUCAGAGUUUGGUGCCAAAAACCAAACUGAUAUAACAUUCCAUAUAUAUAAAAUAACUAAAAUCAACUUUUCCUUUGAAAAUGACUUCUAGGUAGGACACUUAGCCUAGCAGAUUACAUGGGAUCAGUUUCUGGCUCUGACACCUGGCCUGUACUUUUGACUCUUGGGGACCCUGGAAGGAAGUGGUGAUGGAUUAUGGAACUUGGUUCUGGCCACCCAUAUGAGAAUCCUGGUUUUACUCCCUGUUUUUGGCUCUCGCCACAGCCUAGGCAUAGGCAUUUGGGGUGUAGAAGCAUGAGGUAUAGAAUGAGAGGUCUCUGUGGCUAAGUAGUCACUAAUGUUCUCGCAGCCAAUAUCAUACUGAAUGGAGAGAAGCUGAAAGCAUUUCCCCUCAGAUCUUGAACAAGAUAGGCAUGUCUACUCUCACCAUUCUUAUUCAGUACACAACUUGAAGUGUUGGCAGGAGCAAUUAGGGAGGAGAAAGAAAUAAAGGGCAUCAAUAUUGGAAAGGAGGGGGUGAGCGCUGUGGCGUAACAGGUAAAGCCACCCCCUGCAGUGCUGGCAUUCCCAUAUGGCUCUAGUUCAAGAUCUGGCUGCUCCUUUUCUAUCCAGCUCUCUGCUAUGGCCUGGGAAAGCAGUGAAAGAUGGUCUAAGUCGUUGGGCCCCUGCACCCAAUGUGGGAGAUGUGGAAGAAGCUCCUGGCUCCUGGCUUGAUUGGUGCAGCUCUGUUCAUUGAGGCCGUUUGGGGAGUGAACCAGCAGGUGGAAGAUCUUUCUCUCUCUGACUCUCCUUCUCUUUUUGUGUAACUCUGACUUUAAAAUAAAUAAAUAAAUCUUGGGGCUGGUGCUGUGGCACAGCAGGUUAACAUCCUGGCCUGAAGCGCCAGCAUCCCAUGUGGGCACCGGUUCAAAUCCAAGCUGUUCCACUUCCUAUCCAGCUCUCUGUUAUCGCUUGGGAAAGCAGUAGAAGUCCUUGGGUCCCUGCACCCAUGUGGGAGACCCAGAAGAAGAUCCUGGCUCCUGGCUUUGUAUAGGCACAACUUUGGCCAUUGUGGCCAACUGGGGAGUGAACCAUUGAGUGGAAGACCCCCCCCCCGCCUUUCCUCUCUCUCUGUAAGUCUUGACUUUCAAGUAAAUUAAAUACAUCUUUAAAAUAAAUAAAUAAAUAAAUAAAUAAAUAUUUUAAAAACUUGGAAAGGAGGAGGUCAAACCAUCUGUUUGCAGAUGACACAACACUGUACAUGGAAAAUCCUAAAUGCUCCACCAGAAAGCUGUAGAACUGAUAAACCAAUUCAGUAAAGUUGCAGGUUACAAAUAAACACCAAAAAGCCCACUGGCUUUUUAAUACACUAAUGAUGAAAUCAUCAAUAUAGAUACCAAGAAAGAAAUCUCAUUCAUAAUAUCCACAAAACAAUCAAAUACUUCAGAAUAAAUUUAACCAAAGAAAUGCAAGAUCUCUACAAUGAAAGUUAUGAAACAUUGAUGAAAUAAAUCAUCAAGGACACAAAAAUGAGGAAAGAUAUUCUUUGUUUAUGAAAUCAGUAUCCUUAUAAUAUCUGUACUAACUAAAUAAAUCUACAGAUUCAAUACAAUAUCUGCAAAAAUACUAAGGGCAUUCUUCACAGAGAUAGAAAGGGCAAUCUUGGCCAGUGCCACGGGUCACUUGGCUAAUUCUCCACCUGCAGCGCCAGCAUCCCGGUUUCCAGUCCUGGUUGGGGUGCUGGAUUCUGUCCCGUUGCUUCUCUUCCAGUCCAGCUCUCUGCUGUGGCCCGGGAGUGUGGUGGAGGAUGGCCCAAGUGCUUGGGCCCUGCACCCACAUGGGAGACCUGGGGAAGGCACCUGGCUCCUGGCUUUGAAUUGGCGCAGUGCACCAGCCGCAGUGUACCGGCCACAGUGGCCAUUUAGGGGGUGAACCAAUGGACCUUUCUCCCUUUCUCUCUCUCUCUCUCACUGUUUAACUCUGCCUGUCAAAAAAAAAAAAAAAAAGGGCAAUCUCAAUUCAUACGGAAUCACAAAAGAUCCAGAAUAGCCAAAAUGAUCUUGAUAAAGAAAAAAUCAAGUUGGAGGCAUCACAAUACCUGACUUGAAAGCAUAUUACAAAGAUAUAGUUAUUGAAACAUCAUGGUACUAGCAUAAAAACUGACACACAGAUAAAUAGAGCAAAAUAGAGGGCCUAAAAAUUAAUCAAUGAAUAUACAACAAACUGAUUUUUGACAGAAGUUGGUGUAUAUAUGCAGAAGAAUGAACCAGGUCCUUACCUCUCACCAUAUGCAAAAAUCAACUCAAGAUGUAUCAAAGACCCAAGUUGAAGACCUGAGAGUAUACAGUUGCUGGAAGAAAAUUGGGGUAAGCAUCUUGAGACAUUGGGUUAGGUGAUGACUUUUUGGAUAAAAACCCCUAAAUCAUAGGCAACAAAAGAAGAACUAGAGAAAUGGGUUUGCUAUAAACUCAGAAGCUUCAUUGCAGCAAAAGAUACAAUCAAUAGAGUGAAGAGACAUUCAACAGAAUGGGAAAAUAUUUUUUAAUUUUACUUACAAGUUUCAUGUGUUUCAUGUAUGCAAAUUUAGGAACAUAGUGAUACUUCUCCUCGUACCCUCCUUCAUGCCCACACUCCAACACUGCUUCUUCCUACCUCUCCCAUUCCUACUUUUAAUUUUUACAAAUAUCUAUUUUCAAUGUACUUGGUGAUCAUAUAGUUAACCCUACACUCAGUAAAAGUGUUCAACAAACUGUGUGAAACAAUAACCACUCUUCUGCAACAGAAGAGACAAAGACUGUAAAUGAUCAUUGAACCUCAAAAUGUCCAUUUUACCCCAAUACAUUAUAUUUCAGGUACGGUGUUAGUUACCUUGGGUCAGAGAAAAUAUGAUAUCUUCUUUUUGGGACUGACUUAUUUCACUAAGUAUAAUGUUUUCCAGUUGCGUCCAUCUUGUUGCAAAAGACAGGAUUUCCUUUUUUUUUUAACAGCUGAGUAGUACUCCAUAGUGUAUAUAUUCUAUAAUUUCUUUAUCCAGUCAACAGUUGAUGGACACAUAGCUUGUUUCCGUAUCUUAUCUAUUGAGAAUAGUGAUGCAAUGAACAUGAGGGUAUAGAUAACUCCUUCAGGUGCUGAUUUCUUUUGGUUAGGGUAAAUUCCCAGGAGUGGGAUGGCUGGAUCAUAUGGUAGGUCUAUAUUCAGAUGUCUGAGGUAUCUCUCUUGUUUUCCACAAUGGCUGCACCAAUUUACAUGCCCACUGACAGUGGAUUAGGGAACCCUUUCCACCACAUCCUUGCCAGCAUUUGUUGUUUGUUGAUUUCUGUAAGAGAGCCAUUCUAACUGGAGUGAGGUGAAACCUCAUUGUGGUUUUGAUUUGCAUUUCCCUGAUGGCUAGUGAUCCUGAACAUUUUUUCAUGUGUCUGCUGGCCAUUUGGAUUUCCUCUUUUGAAAAAUGCCUAUUCAAGUCCUUUCCCCAUUUCUUUCUUAAUAGGAUUGUAUUUUUUUUUAUCUUUUAUUUAAUGAAUAUAAAUUUCCAAAGUACGACUCAUGUGUUACAAUGGCUUCCCCCCCAUACCAUCCCUCCCACCCACAACCCUCCCCUUUCCCACUCCCUCUCCCCUUCCAUUCACAUCAAGAUUCAUUUUCGAUUAUCUUAAUAUACAGAAGAUCAGCUUAGUAUACCUUAAGUAAGGAUUUCAACAGUUUGCUCCCACACAGAAACAUAAAGUGAAAAAUAAUAGAUGAUUUUUUUAAAAUGAUGAUGAUUUUUUGUUGUUGUUGGAUGUUAAGCUCUUUUUAGAUUCUGCAUAUUAACCCUUUAUCAGUGGCAUAGGUUGCAAAUACUUUUUCAUCUGUCGAUUGCCUCUCCAUUUUGCUGCGUGUUUCUUUUGUGGUGCAGUAGCUUUUCAGCUUGAUGUAAUCCCAUUUGUCCAUCUUGGCUUUGAUUGCCUGUGUGUGGGGCUCCAUGGGAUGCGCAGCCAUGGAGCCCCCACGUCAAGGUCGGUCUGAUAGCUGUUGAUGUGUCUUUAUCACAAGGUGGAUGUUGCUAGUUCCGGUUAGGGCAAUGCUUUCCCACGGUCGGGACUUUCCAGAGGAGUUGAGAAUGUUGUAAACAACAAGAUGGCACCGAGGACCGCGCGGUGAGCCUGCCUGCUGCGUGACACCUCAUCUGAUUGGCCCGAGGACACAUGCACACUGCGUGAACAGACAGCGGAUUGGAGUGUUACGUGCAUGGACUUGAGCCCGCUUGCAAUUGGCCAGAUUUUGUAUAUAAGCUGUGUGCUGAGGAAGGAGGGGGCUUUUCUGUCCACUCUCCUCCCUUCAUUCUUUCUCUGUCACUGUUAUUUUCUCAUUAAAAGUCUACUGAAGACCGAUAAGCUGUGAACAGUGUCGUUCCUUUGCGGGCAAGGGAGCGGCAAGUGGUUCCGUGACUCGGAUUCGGACCACUUUCUACACGCUGGAAUAGGUAAGAACAAAAGGUAAGCGUGUGUGUGCACAGAAAUCCAGCUGGGGAAAGAAUAGAAACCGUGGUUCUGUCGAAGAAAGAUGGGGAAAUUAAGCGCCAGAAAAAAUGGUAAAGGAAUCCCUUAAAAGGCGGGAGUACAAAGUGUUCAGAAAUGCCAGGAAAUAGGCGGAAACUUCCCUUUUACCUCCAAAUGGACAAUACUCCGUCCACCACUAGGUUGUGCAUGCUGUUGAGCUGCUUGUUAAAAGCUGUGAGGACGCCCGUUAAGGCGGCUACAGUAUGCGCAUUCACUAGGGCCGUUCCCAAGACGUCACCAUGGUUUGUGGAAGGUGGCGAAUUAGAUGAGCAACAGUGGCGGAGAGUAGGGAGACAGUUGAGAGCAGCCGAAGAGCUGGUAGAAAUACUUAGAUUAUGGGCCGCGCCGCGGCUCACUAGGCUAAUCCUCCGCCUAGCGGUGCCGGCACACCGGGUUCUAGUCCCGGUUGGGGCGCCGGAUUCUGUCCCGGUUGCCCCUCUUCCAGGCCAGCUCUGCUGUGGCCAGGGAGUGCAGUGGAGGAUGGCCCAGGUGCUUGGGCCCUGCACCCCAUGGGAGACCAGGAAAAGCACCUGGCUCCUGGCUCCUGCCAUCGGAUCAGCACGGUGCACCGGCCGCAGCGCGCCGGCCAAGGCGGCCAUUGGAGAGUGAACCAAGGGCAAAGGAAGACCUUUCUCUCUGUCUCUCUCUCUCACUGUCCACUCUGCCUGUCAAAAAAAAAAAUACUUAGAUUAUGGCAACUCAUUGAACAGACACUUCAGGACCCCACUGAGAGCAUAGGGCUUUUACUUGAUGAAGGAUGCGAGCCCCUAAAAAAGGUUCAGGAGGAGUCUCGGCAUGAUAGUCCAGUGACUAUGGUAGUCAGCGGGACAGGAAACAGAUGGACAAAGGUCCCUGUAGGGACGAGCCACUGGAUGAGACAGAUAAAAAUUCAGUGAAGGACCAUGCUCCAUCGAGUGUGCCCCUGCGCUUGAGGGGGCCAUCUCAUUUAUAUCCCAGUUUGACUAGGCUAGUAAAUUUGUCCUUAGAGGACGAACCGCCGCUGCAGUAUCGUCCGUUGACUCUCCCUAAAUUGGCCCCUAGGAAAAAAAAAAAAGCUAUAAAGACUCCAUUACAGAUACAGGGAAUAGGGUUAAACAAGGCAAGCCAUAGAACGGUUCAUUAAUGCUAUAAAAAUAGUCCUUGGUUAGCAAAAGGAGUCGUGAAUGAGCAACAUUGGGAUUUACUUGAAAAAAAAAACUUAAAUGUGUUUUUAAAAAAACAAAGCAAGCCAUGACAAAGGCUGUGAAAACUUUGUUACAGAUGUAGAGAAUAGGGUUAAAGAAACAAACCGUAGAGCAGUUUAUCAGUGCUGUUGAAACAAUUAGUCCUUGGUUUGCUGAAGAGGGUGUUGUGGAUAAGAAACACUGGGAGUAAAAAAUAUAGAUCAGUGUAUACUGGACAGCCCUCACCUUGCAUUUAAAUAUUUCAUUUGAAGUAAAUGUUCUCUGUUAUAAAGUUCAUAUUACUAUGUGAAAUGAGAAAUUGUGCUGACAAAGUGUCUGGACUACCCAUUCUGUUUUUGUUUUAUGUACUAACUCUACCCCUAUUAUUGAUAGGAAUGCUUGAGCAGAUUAUGCUUGGUUUGCUUUACAAAAAAAAAAAAAAGUCAAAAUAUGCCGCAAGUAAUUAAGAUUCCACACACCUGCAGAAAUGUAAUAAUUACAGAUAAUAAGAGGCUAGUUCCCUCAGAUAUGUUUCAAUUUAUCCUUAAAACAUAUUGAAUAUUAUUGUGUUUGAUUGCUAAAGGUAGAUUUGUAUAAAAAUUUGUAUUAUAUUCUUAUGAUGUGUUACUUAUGCCUAUACCUUGGUGCAACUCUAGGGCCAAAUGUAAGGACAAAUUUUUGGGAUGGAGAGGCUGUGUCUUUGUUUGGCUCUGAUAAAUAAGUAACUUGUCUGCCGGAUGACCUUCUCCUGCUCCUUGGGAGCCUGGCCAGCUCCCGGGGAGGGGGAUAAAGGAAUGUUUUCUGAUAAACAGGUGGGCAUGCUUCGUGUCUCGGCUCUCUGGCCAAGAUCCGGGACGGGACGCACUGCUUGCCUAACAUCUUGGCAAUGAGCCACCCUUGUCCUUGGGGGCUUUAAGGGGGAGCCGGAGCAAGCCUCUGCUGCUGCUGUUCCAUCCCGGGGGAACAUGCAGUCAUGCUGGACGUUGAACGUGCAGGUGAUGACUACUAAUGAUGGAUCUCAGUAUGGAUCCUUUUCUGGUGCUGUGUAAAGACUGCCUAGUAAUGCCCAUAGUACUGUAAAUUCUACAAAACAUAAGUACAAUGCAGAUAUGGAUUGAUUGGCUAUUGUGGCUGAGGUGUUCUGUAACAGUCCCUUUAAUAAAAAAUUAACAAAAUAAAUUAAUUUAAAAAACAGAACAUUCAGGACCUGCCACUCUGCUUGGUAUGUCAUUACAAAAAUCAACAAGGAGGGCUAUACCUGAUAAAUGAGGGUGCUAUCAAUAUGGGCAACAGGGACAUGUACAAAUAUUGUCCAAAAGUCAAACAUCAAAAAAGCCCCUCCUCCUGGGAUUUGCCCCCGGUGCAAAAGAGGAAGGCAUUGGGCCAAUAAAUGUCACUCCAAAACUAAUAAAAAAAAUUUCAUUAAAUAAAUAAAGUUCAGAAAACUAAAAGUGAGGCUGGCCCCAGGCCCCAUCCCAAUAAAUUUUGGGGGCCAUGACAUUUGUUCCUCAACAGAACACCCUAAAUCCGUCAAUUUCCUCCACGGAGCCACAGAGAGUAGUACAGGACUAGACCUCAGUGCCACCUCCUAUACAGUAUUAACCCCUGAGAUGGGCCCACAAGGCUUCCCUACUGGGAUUUUUGGUCCUUUGCCAACUGGGUUUUUUGGUCUCCUACUGGGCAGAAGUAGUAUAACUAUGAAAGGGUUACAGGUUUUUCCUGGAGUUAUAAACACUGACUUUACUGGUGAGAUAAAAAUUAUGACUCAAGCCAAUAAUGUAACUUUAACUCCAGGACAAUGCAUUGCUCACUUGAUUCUGUUCCCCUUCUCUUCAAUUGGUAAGUCUUUUUUAAAUAAAAGAGAAAAUAACGGUUUUGGAUCUUCUGAUGCUUAUUGGAUACAACCCAUAACUAAGGACCGACCCAAAUUUUUCUUAAAAUUAAAUAAAAAGUUAUUCAGUGGUCUUUUAGAUACUGGAGCUGGUACCUCUGUUAUUUCAGCAGCAAACUGGCCCACAAAUUGGAAAAAGAAAAUUACCGUAACUCAAUUGCAAGGUAUUGGUCAGAGUCAAAGAUUAACACAAAGUUCCAUAUUGCUACAAUGGGAGGAUAAAACAGGUAAUGCUGGAGCCUGUCGCCCAUAUAUUUUGGCUGCAUUACUUGUUAAUCUCUAGAGACAUGAUAUUCUAACUCAAAUGGGGGCUUUCAUACACAGUCCAAAUAAGAUUAUUACCAUUAACAUACUUCAACAAGGUCAUUUGCCAGGUAAGGGUUUAGGCAAACAACAACAAAGCAUCACAUCUCCAGUUACUUUAACUGUCAAUCAUGACCAGAGAGGCUUGGGUUUCCCUUGAUGGCUACUGGUCAGCCUGUGCCCCAUGCAAAAAAUAAAAUAAAAAUCAGAUAAUCCCGUGUGGGUGGAUCAGUGGCCUUUACUGCAGAAAAAGAAAUGCUGCACAGAUAUUGGUGGAAGAAAAUUAACAACGGGACAUAUAGUUCCUUCUGAUUCUCCUUGGAAUAGUCCUAUUUUUGUUAUCAACAAGAAAUCUGGGAGAUAGCAAUUGCUUCAAGGCCUUAGGGCUGUUAAUGCUACUGUGGAAAUUAUGGGGGCUUUACAACCAGGCUUACCAUUGCCUACUGCAAUUCCAAAGGAUUCUUAUAUUGCAAUAAUAGAUUUAAAAGAUGAUUUUUAUACUAUACCUUUACAUCCAGAAGAUUGUCCCCGAUUUGCUUUCAGUGUUCCAUCAGUAAAUUUUAAAGAACCUAUGCAAAGAUGCCAAUGGAGGAUCUUACCUCAAAAAAUGGCUAAUAGCCCUACUUUGUGCCAACAAUUCAUUGAUGCUGCUCUUCAAAAAAUUUACAAAAAAUAUAGCAAUUUAUAUAUUAUACACUAUAUAAAUGAUAUUUUAAUAGCUGGACCCGAGGAAUUUUUGGUGAUGCAAUGUCUGACAGUAAUAAAAGAGCAAUUAUCUGCUUUUGGUCUUAUCAAAGCCCCUGAGAAAAUCCAACUUCAAUAUCCUUAUCAAUAUCUAGGCUUCCAAUUGUACCCAUGAAAAAUACUUCCACAAAAAGUCACCUUACAAUUGGAUUCUUUACAGACUUUAAAUGAUUUUCAAAAACUUCUAGGGAAUAUUAAUUGACUUUCUUUACAUCUCCACCUCACAACAGGAGACCUUAAACCUUUAUUCAAUAUCCUAAAAGGAGGUCAAGCUUCUGUAAUUUGUGAUGGUCACCGUACGGUUAUUAACACCUCUUUUUCAUCUCUACAACUAGUUAAAUUAGCUACUGUUACACUUACAUUACAGUCUACUUUAAAUGUAGCAGUUAACAUAUACACCGAUAACAAAUAUGUGUUCCUAUCAGUGCCUCAAUUGGACACUUGUUCAUUCCUUCCUAAAUCCUCAACUGCUUCUCCUUUGUUUUCUCGCAUUUGCACUGUCAUUUGACAACAUACCUGUCCUUUCUUUAUAGGUCAUAUUCGAACACAUUCCAAUCUUCCUGGACCAUUGGUAGAGGGUAAUCAUUUGGCAGAUUCUGCUCUAUGCAUAUAUUCUAUUAAUACAGCAACAAAAGAUCAUGUUUUACAUCAUUUAAAUGCUCAUACGUUAUGCUUCAAACAUAAUAUUACUCAAAAACAAGCUCGACAAAUUGUAAAAUUCUGUUCUACUUGCUCCAUCCAAUUACCAAAACCUCACUUUCAAAUUAAUCCUCAUGAUUUAUUCCCCCAGUCAACUAUGGCAAAUGGAUAUCACCCACUUCAUGGAAUUUGGUAAACAAAAAUAUAUACAUGUGUCUAUUGAUACUUGUUCUGAAUUAAUUUUUACUUCCUUACAUACAGGUGAAGCUACAAGACGUGUUAUUGCCUGUUGCUUACAAGCUUUUGCUUCCCUAGAAACUCCAAAGCAGAUUAAAACGGAUAAUGGACCUGCUUAUAUUUCUGCCUCUUUUAGAAAUUUUUGUGUAACUUUUUUCUAUCUCAUGUUACUAACAUUCCUUAUAAUCCUCAGGGUCUAGACAUUAUUAUAUGUACACAUCACACUUUAAAACAAUAUUUUAAUAAUAUAAACAAAAGGGGGAGUUUAGGGUUCUUGCCCAUUCUCCUAACAAAUGGCUCUCAUGUGCUUUAUUCAUUUUAAAUUUUUUUCACAUUGGAUAAAGAUGGUCGUUUUGCAGCUGAUCAACAGUGGCAUCCACAAACAGCUGGGGUAAGAACAAUGGUAAAAUGGAAGGAUCCUAUCACCAAUCAAUGGAAUGGACCUGAUCCAGUACUGGUAUGGGACAUGGGCUCUUAAGGGAUGUGUAUUUUUAUGCAACCAAUUUGCUUUUACAUUGUUAGCCCCUAAUGAUUUUCGCAACUGCUCAUUGGGCCGUGUGGCCCCAAUGCUAACGUCUGUAUUUCCAAAGGCACGACAGCGACACUCAUUACCUGAGAACUGUGAUGAUGAUGUCAUCUUAAUUGGAGACCUGCUUUCACCAUGGCUAUACAGCUAGUGGGAGUUCCUGGAUUGGCUUAUGGAAAUAAUCGUGGACUAUGAAGGCUUACAUGUUUGGUGACCAAAACAAUCUCACUGCUACUGCGCUAUCCAAUAUAGCUGAAGAAUUGGAUCAAGUUCAUUCAGGAGUACUCUUAAACUGAGCAGCUAUCGAUUAUUUGCUGUUAAAAGAUCAUAUAAGCUGUAAAUCUGUUCCAGGGGAAUGUUGUUUUAACAUUACUAACAAUGUGCCAUAUAUAGAGUCUGUUAUGGAUAAACUUAAGAGUAAAAUGCAACAUAUGUUUAUUACUAACCCACUAACAUUUGAAGGGUUUCUUUUUUUUAAUUUUUUUAAGAAAAAUAUUUAUUUAUUUAUUUGAAAGUCAGAGUUACAGAGAGACAAGGAGAGAGAGAGACAAAGAGAUAUCUUCCAUCCGCUGGUUCACUUUCCAAAUGGCUGCAUCAGCCAGGGCUGGGCUAGGCUGAAGCCAGGAACCAGGAGCUUCAUCUGGGUCUACCACAUGGGUGGCAGGAGCGCAGACACUUGGGGCAUCUUCUACUGCUUUUCCCAGGCCAUUAGCAGGGAGCUGGAUCAGAAGUGGAGCAACAGAGACAAAAGCCAGUGUGCAAAUGGGAUGUCGGUGUCACAGGUGGUGGCUUCACCUGCUAUGCCAAAAAGCUGGCUCCGAGCUGGUAGAAUUUUUCUAGUGAAUCCCAGUUUUACCUCCUGCAGGGUUGGUAGAUGAUCACAUGCACAUUUUUGACUGCUGCUCCUCUUUCCAUAAGAGUUUUCCCUCUAGACUACUGAGUCAGCACCAUGAUCCAAAUAAACAUCUGCUGUAUUUUGUUGUUAGUAAUGAUAAUGACUACUGGGGUCACUAAGGAUGGGCACAUUUGAAGGGUUUCAAUGGAUUCAUUGGUUAUUAAUGUGGGCUGGAUUGUUACUGCUUUUCAUACUUUGUAUGGGAUGUUUUCCGUGUGUUCUGCAAUUUGUGCUAUCUUCGCUACAGUCUGUAUGGACUAACAUUCAUCACUUAAAACUUCGUACCAAACCUCCUUUGUAAUCAAAAAUAAUUAAUAUUUGGCUGUAUGUUUCAUCUCUCACCUAAUGUUGGGCUAAAAUGGUACUCAAAAACGGGUAAGACACUCCACAUCCUGUACCUACCCAAGACAGGGCUCAAGUUAAAGAAUGGGUCGCUAUCGGUUGCUUGUUUGUCAUGGUACUACUGGGCCUUGCCUUCAUCGCCAGAUGGAUCAGAGCCUUAGCACUCCGUCAGCAGAAUACCAACUUGAUAAUCCAACAGGCUAUGCUGGCCACCUUGUGAUCUCACCCCAAUAAAGAAGUAUGGCUUAGCAUGAUGGAGUGGUAGUCAAAGACGGGUAAACACUGAUGGGCGCUCCUAGCAACCUAAGACAGAGGGUAGGACAGGCUUCCUAUUACCUCCAUGAUGGGUAAGCAGGUAGCGCGCCAUUGGGUACCUAAGACAGGCACGUUUCCAUGUCAUUUAAAUAAUAAAGAAGGGAGAGAUGUGGGGCUCCAUGGGAUGCGCAGCCAUGGAGCCCCCACGUCAAGGUCAGUCUGAUAGCUGUUGCUGUGUCUUUAUCACAAGGCGGAUGUUGCUAGUUCCGGUUAGGGCAAUGCUUUCCCACGGUCGGGACUUUCCAGAGGAGUUGAGAAUGUUGUAAACAACAAGAUGGCACCGAGGACCGCGCGGUGAGCCUGCCUGCUGCGUGACACCUCAUCUGAUUGGCCCGAGGACACAUGCACACUGCGUGAACAGACAGCGGAUUGGAGUGUUACGUGCAUGGACUUGAGCCCGCUUGCAAUUGGCCAGAUUUUGUAUAUAAGCUGUGUGCUGAGGAAGGAGGGGGCUUUUCUGUCCACUCUCCUCCCUUCAUUCUUUCUCUGUCACUGUUAUUUUCUCAUUAAAAGUCUACUGAAGACCGAUAAGCUGUGAACAGUGUCGUUCCUUUGCGGGCAAGGGAGCGGCACCUGUGUUUCUGAAGUCUAUUCAAAAAAGUCUCUGCUUAUGCCAAAGUCUUGUAGAGUUUCCCUAAUAUUAUCUAGUAAUUUGAUGGUAUUGGGUCAUAGAUUUAGCUCUUUGAUCCAUUUUGGGUGGAUUUUUUUUGUAACUUGUAUGGUAUGGGUCUAGUUUUAUACUUCUGCAAGUGGAGAUCCAGUUUCCCCAGAACCAUUUGUUGAAGAGUCUGAGCUUGCUCCAGGGAUUGAUUUUAGCUCCUUUGUCAAAGAUACAUAGGUUGUAGAUGUGUGGAUUGAUUUCUAGGGUUUCUGUUUUGUUCCAUUGGUCUACAUGUCUGUUUUUGUGCCAGUACCAGGCUGUUUUAAAGAUUUAUUGGAAAGACAAAGUUAUGAGAGAGGUAGAGACUGAGAGAGAGGUUUCCAUCUGCUGGUUCACUCCCUAGAUGGUCACAAUAGCUGCAGUUGUGCUGAUCUGAAGCCAGGAGCCAGGAGCUUCUUCCAGGUCUCCCACAUGGGUGCAGGGGCCCAACAAGUUGGGCCAUCUUCUACUGAUUUCCCAGGCCAUAGCAGAGAGCUAGAUUGGAAGAGGAGCAGCCAGGACUAGAAUCAGUGCCCAUGUGGGAUGGCAGCGCUUCAGGCUAGGGCUUUAACCUGCUGUGGCACAGUGCCAGCCCAAUACCAGGGUGUUUUGAUUAUAAAUCCCCUGUGUUAAUUCUUGAAAUCUGGUAUUGCGAUGUCUUGUGCUUUGUUUUUGUUGUAUAGGUUUGCUUUAGCUAUUUGGGGUAUCUUAUGUUUCCAUAUGACUUUUAGCAGCAUUUCUUUUCUAGAUCUGAGAAGAAUGUCAUUGUUAUUUUGAUUGGGAUCACAUUGAACCUGUAAAUUGCUUUCAGUAGUAUGGAAAUUCUGAAGAUAUUGAUUCUUCCAAUCCAUGAACCUGGGAGAAUUUUCCAUUUUUAAGGUCUUCUACUCUUUUUUUUUUUUUUAAAUGUUUUAUAAUUUUUAUCGUAGAGAUCUUUGGCCUCCUUGGUUAAAUGUAUUCCAAGGUAUCUAUUUUUUUGUAGCUAUUGUGAAUUGAAUUAAUCUUAAAAGUUCUUUCUUGGCUGGUGCCACAGCUCAAUAGGCUAAUCUUCCACCUGUGGCGCCGGCACCCCAGGUUCCAGUUCUGGUCGGGGCACCGGAUUCUGUCCCGGUUGCUCCUCUUCCAGUCCAGCUCUCAGCUGUGGCACGGGAGUGCAGUGGAGGAUGGCUCCACUGCUUGGACCCUGCACCCACAUGGGAGUCCAGGAGAGGUACUUGGCUCCUGGCUUUGGAUCAGCGCGGUGCGCCAGCUGCAGCACACCGGCCACAGCGGCCAUUUAGGGGGUGAACCAACAGAAAAAGGAACUCUGUCUCUCUCACUGUCCACUCUGCCUGUCCCCCCCCCCCAAAAAAUAAAAAAAGAAAAAUAGUUCUUUCUCAGCCAUGGCAUUGUCUGUAUUUACA